ACGACGCGGCGAGCACCACGAAGAUCGCCGCCACGUGCAGCCCAACCGAGUACGGGCCGUCGGCUCCACCGCACCCACCGUGGCUGUGUCCGUGGCCGUGGCUGUGGCUGUGUUCGUGGCCGUGGCUGUGCCCGUGCCCGUGGCUGUGGCUGUGGCUGUGGUCAUGCUCACUCUCUUCAUUGUGCACGUCGGCUGUGAUGUCGCAGUCGUUCUGGGCCGCCUCAUCCCGCAACGCGUUGUACCGCGAAAAAAAUGCACUGCAGUUAUUAUUUGCGUCCAUGUUACCGGCAAGCAGGAUGUUAACUUCUGGGUGUGGUAUAAGCUUUCGUCUAGCAAGGUGAGUCAAGAAGCAAAGUAG